AUGGCAUCGACGAUUUUGAAAAAUUCUUGCGUUAAAUGCAAAAAAACAAAACAUACAGUGAAAUGUGGUGGAUGUUCUCAAGAUUUUUGCCUCAAUCAUAUGAAUGAACAUCAUAAUGAAUUGAGCGAACAGUUAGGCACAAUUGAAGAUCAAUUUAACGAGUUCAAUAUUGAAAUUGAUGGACAAAAAGCUGAUCCACAAAAACAUGGAUUAAUGAAACAAAUUGAUGAGUGGGAACUCGAAUCAAUCGAAAAGAUUCGACAAACGGCAAAUAAAGCUCGUCGAGAACUCUCAUGGUGUAUGAGCAGGUUCGUCACCGACAUGAAUGUAAAAUUAAAACAAUUGAACGAACAAAUCACUCAAUGUCGUAAACAGGAAGAUUUUUCUGACCCAGACAUUCAGUUUUUCAAUGAAAAACUUGAAAGAUUAAAAGAGACGCUCAACAAACCACCAUAUUUCAAAGUUGAACAAUAUUCAACCUCUUUCAUCAGUAAAAUUCAUCUUGCAGUGGAAGGUAAAUAA